AUGGAGAAAAUAGAGGCCGACGCUGAAAUUAGCAAUUACGCUAAUGACUGCUUCCAAAGCGCUAAUGAAACUGAUGAUGAACUUUUACCAAUCGCCUCCAAAGAAGAAGGCACAAGAAAGAAUUCGAAGAGAAGCUACAGAAAACGGAGUGUUUCUUUGCCAUUUAUUGAUGAUCAUGGUGGGGUAUGUCAAGGAUUAGUAGCCACUGAAGGACCGCAGUUCAUGAAAGCCCAAGACGGCUGUCGAACAAAACGGAGGCAAACGCAAUGGGAAAACCCUAAUCAGAAAACGUUUACCGAGGCUAGUGAACAAAGUUUGGCGCGAAGAAGCUUAAGCAUGCCAGAGUUUUACACUGUACAAAACCAAAAACAAAAACAUGUUACAAAAAUAAGUACUUUCAUGUCGCGAGAUAAACUCGUUGUUGAUGCGACUGAUCUGAAAGGAGGAGAAAGCUUCAAGCUGCCAUUAAUCCCUGGCUCGCAAAAUGGACAAAGCCGCGAAAACGUGGAAAUUGGAGUCGCCGACGAACUUAACCACAAGGUGGAAAACUUGACGAUUCAGCGGAAAACUUAUUUACCGCGUAUUAAUUCUAAUAAUGGAAACAUAUUCAUGAAAUCAAGGUAA